AAAUAAUCGCGGUCGUGUACGAAGUAUUGAUUUACGAAAUAAAUAUUUAGUUGAUUUACUUAGCUAAUAAUAAUGUCCGAAGAGGAGGUAACUUGGACUGGUGAACGAAAAAAUAAAGAUUUACGAACGUUUCCCAGUUGUUCAAGUUUUGAUUUAUUAGAUCCACAUGAUCCUGUCCUUAGUCGAUUAGCAACGCAGAUGUUUAAGCGUACCAAUGACUAUCUUCAAGGAGAAAUUGCGACUGGACAGGAACAUUACGAUCUCUUAGAAGAGAUUAAUAGAAUGGUAAUCACCAAAUAUGCAAAUCUUCAAUCUCUUGCAAUAAAUGUAAACAGGUCACUAAAUGAGAACAAUGGAAAAUAUGAAAUUGAAGUGAAGCCGUUGCUUGAACAAAUUGAAGAUAUAGAUAUUGAACUGUCUGCAUUAGAAGCCACAGCUUUCCGUUUGGACAGCUACACUAAACAACUUUUGGGGCGUUUUAUAGAACUUCUUGGUAUUGAUACUCACAGUACCAUGAUGUAAUUUUAUUCUAUAUAUUGUGGAUUUAUUUAAAUGGAGCUAUAAGUGUGGAUUCAACCAUUCUUAAAUAUAUUUCUCCUUGGUUUU